AUCUGCAAAAGCAUAUAACCACAGGGGUAAGUGCUAUUUACUCUAUAUAAAUUGAUAGACAAAGAAAUUGCGGCUCUCUCUUCUCCCAAGCCCUACCACCGUAAACCUACCUCCAUAAAAUUUUGGUUCUCAAUUAUUCAAUCACAGCGGCGUUCAAAAUGGAACACGAAACUUCAGCAAUUGAAUCAGUUAAAAGGCAGAAAUUAUCACCUCGAAGAGUCUGUGUUGUUUCUCAUUGCUUGGCAUUUGCGCCAGACGACGACGGUGACGAAUUUAUAUUUUAUAUUGUGGAUUGUGAUUCAUCCUCCGGCGGCGGCGGCGAUGAAUUCACUCAUAUGGAACCCAAAAUUCGAUACAAAUUGGAACAAAAUUCUCCUCCUGUGACGUUUUGUGCUAUCAAAUCCACACAUAUCAGACCAUCCAUACUAUAUAUGUUUGAGGGAGAUGACCACCUCUCACCCGGAGGCCGCGUCAGUAAAGGACCAAAGUUUGCAGGCAAGUUUGUGAUAACUGAUGACAUAUUUGAUAGAUCCGAUUGUCACACUCUGCAGAACAAGGAUCUGCUUGACAUCGAGGUUAUGCAUGCCAAUAAAUAUUCUGUUAAAGCUCUUCCCACACCAGAUGGUAACAGUAUUUUAGUUUUUUCAUCAGAAAUCACUUGGACUGAUAAUGGGUUUUUUGGUGAUAGUUUUGAGUUGUAUGAUGUUGAUGGAAACUCGUGGGAAGUUCUCCCGGGAUUCCCCUCUAAACGUCGUCCUUCAAGUUCUAUUUUGCGAAUUGAAGGUUAUGGAUUUGAGACCGACUCCCGUUUUUGGAUUCAAAUGGAGAAUGAAGCAUUUGUCCUCGAUCUUAAAGCUAGUACCAAAGAAUGGGAAGUAUCGCCUGAUUUUAAGAUUCCUCUGGAUGAUGAUGGCUAUUUUGUAGGCAUUGGUGGGGUUUAUUUCACACCUCGAUUGGCUUAUGAUAUUAAAGAUCGUGGUCAAAUACAUUAUCUCCCCCUAUCAUUUUUUCCAUAUGAUGCUGCUUAUGGAAGAGAAGUUCGAAAAAUGGAUCUAAUAUUCGGUGGCAGAGUUUAUCCAGACAUCACAUCCUUAGGUUGUAAAGAUGGUGUUUAUUAUAUCGGUGUUUUGCAUGCACAGCUCCAUCCACCCCAUAUGACGACCAAAAAUCUCCACGUGAUACUAGAUAUAUAUCCCGUUGAUAUUGACAAAUACAGAAGAGAUAAGGAAGAGUACAAAAAAAGAGAUAAGGAAGAGAGAGAAGAGCCUGCACUUGACAACAUUGGGCCUAAGAAGACUGUAAAGUUUAUGAUUGAUUUUGAUUUCUAUACUUAUUUUACCGGACUAAUGUAUUUGUUUUCCGUUUGAGCAUUUCCUCCAUUUCCUCUCUUCUUCCAAAGAGACUGUUGCUAGAAUAAAUCUCCUUAGUAGAAGCUUUGCUUUUGUCUAUGUGUAAAAGAUUUGAAGAAACAUCGGUCAUGUUUUUGUUCUUCAAAUUCUCUCUUUUAUUAUUGUAUUAUUCGUUUCUUCUUCAAAUACUGGUAUUUAUGUUAGUUAUAAGUUUUAUUACCAGAUCAGAGCCAUUUAACAACUGCAGCUGAGGUUAUUUAUCUUGGUUUUAGGUGCUAAUCAUCUCUAAGUUAAAUUGUUUCAUUUGUUACUAGGGCUUCGGAUAUUGUUGGGGAAAUCAUAAGCAACUUUAAAGUAGAUUUUAUUAGUUCAAGUAAAGUAGAUUUUAUUAGCAAUUUGCUUGUCAUAUUUAUUGGCACAGGAGGAGAAAUUCUGCUUCUUUGACCAUCCAGAAAGAAGCACAGAGAUUUCUUGCUAGAAGAGCUUAUGCACUUUUGUCCUCUUCUGCAAUUCUCAUCCAAGCAGGUAUGCGAGGGAUGGCUGCUUGCACUGAGCUCCUAUUUAGAACGAAAACUAAAGCAGCUAUCCUUGUCCAGAUUUGCAGAUGGGGUUCAUAAUGGAGUUUGCAGAGAACUUGAUACUGAGAUUGAUGGAGGAUCCAAAUGAGAGAGACAGGAAAUCGAGGGAGCGAAUUUACGAUAAAUAUGAUAAGGGCAAGAAAUUUUUGGCACUUUAUAAUCUGCCACUGCGCCCCUACGGUUUCUGGACAUUUGAGCGCCACAAUGCUCAGAUUUUCUGGGAUGCUCAGAUUAGCUAAGUUGCAGGGCGUCGCGAUCCAUAUGAUGACCUUUUGCAGGACUACCCUAGUGCUUCCUCCUCCAAGUAGUUGGUUAGUUCUCACAUUUUCUUUUUUUAAGCUAAUACAAUAUUUUUUAGCUAAUACAAAUUAAUGUGUGUUUUUUUGUGUA